CUCUUUCUCCCAAUAUAAAUGAACGUGCACACAGAGCACACGCCUCGCCGCACUCGAGCUCGUCUAUACAUUCUUUGUGACUGUCUCUCGUUGCAUCUUUCCGUUCAGGUCACCGGCGGAGGUAGUUUCCGGCGAGGAUGGGUGCGGCUCUAUUGUCGGAGCUUGCGACGGAGAUAGUAGUACCAACGUGCGCCGUCAUCGGGAUCGUCUUCUCGUUGGUGCAGUGGUUCCUAGUUUCGCGCGUCAAGCUCAUGUCGGACCGGCCCGGAGCUUCGUCUUCCCCGCACAACAAGAAUGGUUACGGUGACUAUCUCAUCGAGGAAGAAGAAGGCAUCAACGACCACAGUGUCGUCGCCAAAUGUGCUGAGAUACAGAGUGCCAUCACCGAAGGUGCAACGUCCUUUCUUUUCACUGAAUAUCAAUAUGUGGGGAUUUUCAUGGCUGCUUUUGCAGUACUGAUCUUCCUUUUCCUUGGCUCUGUGGAAAGCUUCAGUACUAAGAGCCAGCCCUGCACAUAUGAUAAGAGCAAGCUAUGCAAGCCAGCCCUUGCAACUGCAUUGUUUAGCACUGUAUCUUUCUUGCUCGGUGCUAUAACUUCAGUCCUGUCUGGUUACCUUGGGAUGAAAAUUGCAACCUAUGCCAAUGCAAGAACAACCUUGGAAGCUAGAAAGGGGGUUGGAAAGGCCUUUAUCACCGCAUUUAGGUCUGGUGCAGUGAUGGGUUUCCUUCUUGCCGCCAAUGGUCUUUUGGUGCUCUAUGUUGCUAUCAAUCUCUUUAAGCUGUACUAUGGUGAUGAUUGGGAAGGUCUUUUUGAGGCUAUAACUGGUUAUGGUUUGGGUGGAUCUUCCAUGGCUCUGUUUGGGAGAGUCGGUGGUGGUAUCUAUACCAAGGCUGCUGAUGUUGGUGCUGAUCUUGUUGGAAAAGUUGAAAGGAAUAUCCCGGAGGAUGAUCCAAGAAACCCAGCUGUGAUUGCUGAUAAUGUUGGUGAUAAUGUUGGAGAUAUUGCUGGGAUGGGUUCUGAUCUAUUUGGCUCAUAUGCUGAAUCAUCCUGUGCGGCCCUUGUCGUUGCUUCCAUUUCCUCAUUUGGAAUCAACCACGACUUCACUGCAAUGUUAUAUCCCCUACUUAUCAGUUCUAUGGGCAUUAUUGUCUGUUUGAUUACUACGCUGUUUGCAACUGAUUUCUUUGAGAUCAAGGCUGUCAAGGAAAUUGAACCAGCAUUAAAAAAGCAGCUUAUCAUCUCUACAAUACUCAUGACUGUUGGAAUUGCAAUUAUUAGUUGGCUUGCUCUGCCAUCAUCCUUCACAAUUUUCAACUUUGGGGCUCAAAAGGAAGUAAAGAGCUGGCAGCUGUUCCUUUGUGUGGGUGUUGGUCUAUGGGCUGGACUUAUUAUUGGGUUUGUUACUGAAUACUAUACAAGCAAUGCUUACAGCCCUGUACAAGAUGUUGCUGAUUCCUGCCGGACUGGUGCUGCAACCAAUGUCAUCUUUGGCCUUGCUCUGGGUUACAAGUCCGUCAUAAUUCCUAUUUUUGCAGUUGCCAUCAGCAUUUUUGUGAGCUUUACUUUUGCUGCAAUGUAUGGUAUUGCUGUGGCUGCCCUUGGGAUGCUGAGCACCAUUGCGACUGGGUUGGCUAUUGAUGCCUAUGGGCCUAUCAGUGACAAUGCCGGAGGUAUUGCUGAGAUGGCAGGCAUGAGCCAUCGUAUUCGUGAGAGAACUGACGCCCUUGAUGCUGCUGGCAACACUACUGCUGCCAUUGGCAAGGGUUUUGCGAUUGGGUCUGCUGCUCUUGUAUCUUUGGCCCUAUUUGGUGCAUUUGUCAGCAGAGCCGGAAUUUCAACUGUUGAUGUGUUGACUCCCAAGGUCUUUAUUGGACUCAUAGUUGGUGCCAUGCUUCCGUACUGGUUUUCUGCCAUGACCAUGAAGAGUGUUGGAAGUGCAGCUUUGAAGAUGGUUGAGGAGGUUCGUAGGCAGUUCAAUACCAUUCCAGGACUCAUGGAGGGUCAUGCCAAGCCUGAUUAUGCUACCUGCGUCAAGAUUUCUACUGAUGCAUCCAUCAAGGAGAUGAUUCCUCCAGGUGCCCUGGUCAUGCUCACACCACUCAUUGUUGGUAUCUUCUUUGGUGUGGAAACACUGUCAGGUGUUCUUGCAGGCUCUCUGGUUUCUGGCGUGCAGAUUGCAAUAUCAGCAUCCAACACUGGUGGUGCCUGGGAUAAUGCUAAGAAGUACAUUGAGGCUGGUGCAACUGAGCAUGCAAGGACCUUGGGCCCAAAGGGAUCUGAACCGCAUAAGGCAGCUGUUAUUGGCGAUACCAUUGGAGACCCUCUCAAGGAUACUUCAGGCCCUUCACUCAACAUCCUCAUUAAGCUCAUGGCAGUGGAGUCACUUGUCUUUGCCCCAUUUUUCGCCACCCAUGGCGGCCUGCUUUUCAAAAUCUUUUGAGGGAAUGAAAUGCAGUUAGGGCAGAGGUUUCUUUAAAUUAAUACUAUUUUUGUCGGAGGCUGCGGGCAUUUUCUUUUUACCAAUGUUCUUCACCUUUAGGGGUAGCUAGCUCUUCAACUAUCAAGACUGGAAAUUUGUUCCAAAAAUCUAGAUUUUGCCAAAGUGAAUUUUCAAUUGACAAUCUUUAGAGUUUUCCGUUUAAUACUUUGAAAAUAAAUAGUAAACGCAUUAAAGAUAAGCAGGUUAAUAGGUGCAGGAGUUGCCUCAAUUGAAUUUCACGAAACUACAACACAACCUUCCGCGGCCUCGAUGUGAUUUUAUGAAUAAUAUUAAAUAGCUGAAAUUUGAGUUUCCCUCAUGUGGGAACAUUGUUAUGAAAUUUUGUUAUAUGACAUGACUCAGAACUAGCAAAAAAUAAAAGUUUAGUG